GACGUGGCACAAGCCGCCCGCUUCAAGUUCAGCGAGUUCAACAGCCAGGACCUGGCCGAGGUGGCGGCGGCCUUCGCGAAGAUGCGGAUGCCCAGCGACAUCUUCGGAUCUGUACUGGACUUGCGCAUGGACUCGGAGUCCAUGCUGCCGAAUCGCGACCUUUGCUUCCUUCUCUGGGCGGCUGCUCGCGUGCCUGGCUGGGGGCAGCGCAGGUUCACGGCCCUGGCGGUGGCAAGCAUCGCAGUCCAGGACACGGCGAAGAUCUCGACUCAGGAUCUUUGCACUGUCGUGCAGUCCCUCGUGAAGCUCCCGGAGCUCCCGGGUGCUCUCGACCUGGCGAGCAGCCUCUGCGAGGUUGGCCUGAGCCGGCCUCUCUUGGAGAAGGACCGCCGCUGUCUUCUGCGCGCCCUGCAACAGCACAUCCCCGAGGAGGAUGCCGCCGCCUUUCGUCUUCCACCGGGUCUCCAGUUUCAAGCACAG